AUGUUUGGUGUAAAGGACUUUAUGGGCAAACCAGCACCUCCAAAUUAUGUAGCAGGCCUUGGUCGUGGCGCUACAGGUUUUACUACAAGAUCAGAUAUUGGUCCUGCAAGAGAAUCUGGUAUAGAAGCUGAUCCCUUGCUUAGCACUGGAAAAGAAGAAGGCGAUGAUGAUGAUGAAAGGUACCAAGAUCCUGAUAACGAAAUCGGUUUGUUUUCUACAGCACCUUAUGAAGAAGACGAUGAGGAGGCCGACAGAGUAUGGGACAUGAUUGAUGCCAAGAUGGAUGAACGACGCAAAGCACGGAGAGAAGCAAGAGAACGGGAGGAACUUGCUCGUUACCGACGAGAAAGGCCCAAGAUUUCUCAACAGUUUGCAGAUUUGAAGAGACAGCUUGCAACUAUCGAUGAAUCCGAAUGGGCUGCUAUCCCGGAAGUUGGCGAUCUUGUAGGAAAGAAUCGCAGAAAGAACAAAUUACCAGACAGAUACAUUCCUUUACCAGACACAAUGAUUGCAGCUGCAAGAGAAAAGUCGCAAUAUGAGACCAGCUUGGAUGCCACCGAACAAAAAAUAGGUGGUAUAGUCUCUUCAGCUGUAAAAGGGGCAGAUGCAGACGAUGGCAUGUUGACGAACUUUAGAGAAAUUGGUCAAGCGAGAGAUAAGGUUUUGGGAUUAAAGCUAGAUCAAGUAUCAGACUCAGUGUCAGGAAGCACUACUGUAGAUCCAAAAGGGUAUCUAACGGACCUUAACAGUGUGGUCAUAAAGAGUGAUGCAGAAAUUGGCGACAUCAAAAAGGCUCGCUUGCUACUGAAUUCAGUUAUUACAACAAACCCGAAACAUGCACCUGGUUGGAUUGCAGCUGCUCGUUUGGAAGAAGUAGCAGGCAGACCUGUUCAUGCUAGAAAUAUUAUUGCUAAAGGAUGUGAGCAAUGUCCUAAAAAUGAAGACGUUUGGCUUGAAGCUGCUCGCCUAAAUACUGUAGAAAACGCAAAAAUCAUACUAGGCGAUGCCGUCCGCCAUCUUCCGCAGUCUGUUAAAAUUUGGCUUAAAGCUGUAUCACUUGAAACAGAGAACAAAGCAAAAAAGAAAGUAUUACGCCGCGCUCUUGAAUUUAUUCCAAAUUCUGUUAAACUUUGGCGUGCAGCUGUCAAUAUGGAAGAAAAUCCCAAAGAUGCUAAGGUAUUACUCUCUCGUGCUGUGGAGCUUGUGCCAUUGAGUGUCGACCUUUGGCUAGCUCUUGCUCGACUGGAAACAUACGAAAAUGCCCAAAAGGUACUGAAUAAAGCACGCGCUGCUAUACCUACUAGCCAUGAGAUUUGGGUUGCUGCAGCUCGCCUUCAGGAAGAAUAUGGCAAGUCUGAUAUGGUAGAUAUCAUCAUUACUCGAGCAGUAGAAAUGCUUGCCCAAGCAGGUGUAUUAUUAGAUCGCGAACAAUGGCUUUCAGAAGCCGAAAAAUGUGAAAGCAAUGGAUCUGUGUUAACUUGUCAGGCUAUUGUUAGAGCUACUAUUGGAAUGGGCGUGGAAGAAGAGGACCGACAGUCAACUUGGAUGGAAGAUGCUGAAAGAUGUAUUGCACAUAAUUCUAUACAGACAGCUCGUGCUAUCUAUGCACAUGCCUUAAAAGUGUUUCCGGGUAAAGCAUCUAUUUGGCAACAAGCUGCCUAUCUUGAGAAGAGUCAUGGUACGCCUGAAAGCCUUGAAGAAUUAUUACAACGUGCUGUCAAAUACUGCCCUCAAGCCGAAGUCUUGUGGCUUAUGGGCGCAAAAGAAAAAUGGAUGGCUGGCGAUGUUGAGAGUGCUCGUGCCAUCCUAGAGGAGGCAUUUCGAGCAAAUCCCAACAGCGAACAAAUCUGGUUGGCUGCAGUCAAGGUAGAAAGUGAAAGCGAAGAAUAUGAUCGUGCAAGAAAGCUAUUGGAAUUAGCCAGAAAGGAAUCAGGAACUGCACGUGUGUGGAUGAAGUCUGUUAUGUUGGAAAGACAGAUGAAAGAUUAUGAGCAAUGUAGCAGAUUGUUAGAUGAAGCACUUGCCAAAUUCCCUACGUUUGAUAAGCUUUGGAUGAUUAAAGGACAAUUGGAAGAUACACAAGGAAAUACAGCAAAAGCAAGGGAAACGUACAAUCAAGCUGUAAAGAAUUGCCCCAAGAGCGUUACUCUCUGGAUUCUUCUGGCUUUGUUGGAAGAAAAAUUGAAAAUGGUUACCAAAGCUCGCGCUUCAUUGGAAAAGGCACGUUUCCUAAAUCCAAAGAAUCCUGAUUUAUGGGUUCAAGCUAUUCGGAUUGAAAAGCGUAAUAACAAUGUGAAUGUGGCCAAGUCAUUGGCAGCCAAGGCACUGCAAGAAUGCCCAACUUCGGGAUCUAUCUGGACAGAGAUUAUCUACAUGGAAGCAAGACCACAGCGAAAAGCCCGUAGUGUAGAUGCGUUAAAGAAAUGUGAACACGAUCCAAUAAUAGUUACGACUGUAGCUCGUUUAUUCUGGGCGGAUCGCAAGAUUGAGAAAGCAAGGAACUGGUUUCAAAAGGCAGUACAGAUCGACCCUGAUCAAGGAGAUUCUUAUGCAUGGUGGUAUAAAUUUGAAUUACAGCAUGGGACAAAAGAGCAGCAAGAUAUUGUAAUUAAACGCUGUGUUGCAUCUGAGCCACGCCAUGGGGAAUGCUGGCAAUCUGUAGCAAAAGAUGUAUCAAAUGUAGGGAAAAAGACAGAAGAUAUAUUAAAACUGUGUGCACAGAAAUUGGAGGUUCUAAAAUAA